AGACCAACAUUAUCGCUAGGACGUGAAAAAGUUCUUAGGCACAAAGUUUUAUUUUUUUUUUAUUUCUUUUGUUCGAAAAACAUUCACUUAUUGUUAAGAACUCUCCACAAACGUUUGUUAAUUAAGAGACAUUUGACAUCGGUUUUACAAAAAUGUGGGACCCCAACACUUAAGAAAUGCUCUAAGAGCUGCCGAUAAUGUUGGUCUGAGAUUGUAGUUCCUUGCCAACCAACAACCCAUAUAAUACUCCCCAACACCAAAACACAACACAAACUUAGAAAUGGAAGAAGAGCAGAGACUGGAACUCAGGUUGGCUCCUCCCUGUCACCAACUCACAUCCAACAACAACAUCAAUGGAUCUAAACAAAGAAGCCUCACCAAACAAACAUCAUUUGCUUUCAAUAACAGGAAUGAGGCAGCUCCGGUGGUGGGAUGGCCGCCGGUGAGAUCAUUUCGGCGAAACCUAACGGCACAGCCAAAAGAUGAGAUGAAGAAGAGAGUGAGCGAUAAAGAGAGAGAGUUGUACGUUAAGAUCAAUAUGGAAGGAGUUCCCAUUGGAAGAAAAGUCAACCUCUCCGCUUUGAACAACUACCAACAGCUUUCACAUGCCGUUGAUCAACUCUUCUCUAAGAAAGAUUCGGUUGAUGUAAACAGACAAUACACUUUGGUCUACGAAGACACUGAAGGGGAUAAAGUUCUGGUCGGAGAUGUUCCUUGGGAGAUGUUUGUAUCGACAGUGAAGAGAUUGCACGUUUUAAAGACCUCCCACAUCUCCAUGCUCUCACCUAGCAAACAUGGCAGGAAUAAAGUAAGGUAGUUCAUCAAAAUCAUCAGUUAGAUGAUUUUUUUUUUAAAUGUAAUUUAUGUAAACAACGAGGCUUGGCUAGCUUGAUUUACUGAGAUAUCUUUUAUUGGUUUGAUUUUGUUUCUUCCAACUUAUGUUAUAGUUUUUUUUUUGGCUUCUGGAAGGUGUUUUUGUUUAAAAAUGCUGUUUGUUUAAGUAAGCUGGGUGGUAUGUCUAUGUUAUCGUGUGUAUAAACUACAAAGAUAGUAGAAAAACAGGUUGAAUAUCGUUUAAUUAAUAAUAAGCUCAUCGUUUGAUAAAC